AUGUUCGUAUUUGGAUACUCCGACAUGGCGGGCUCAUUUCACCUUCUGUGCGUGUGCAUCACGUCGCAGCGGACCCACGCCGACGUCGCGUGGCUACUGCGGUCACUCCAGGAGAAGUUCACAAGUCUUCUGAAUUAUGCAUGGGCGCCGACAAGACUUAUGGGUGAUGCAGACAAGGCACAAUUCCUAGGAAUGACCAACGCACUUCAACCUGAGCUGCCUCUUCUCGAGUACCUUAUGUGUUUUUUUCACGUCCUCAAAAAUUGCUACGACAAACGCCAAGGCAUGACAAGCGAGGAGUGGACAAGUGUCACCUUUGAAAUUUACCUGUUGCACAUGUCCACAAGUGAAGCCGAUUUGGUCAACAACAUGGACACUGCGCACGCAAACUGGGAAGGCAGCCGCACCCUACGAAAGUUCCGAACCUACUUUUUCAACACAUGGCUGCCGUACCACGCCGUGUAUUCAACAAACCGUGGGCCGCGGUUUUGGAAGUGGCAAGUGUUUCACAGCCAUAGGGGGUGCUCGUACACCAACAACCCCAAUGAACAUUUCAACCGCAAACUCAAAGGUGUAUGUAUAUAA